CACAGCUCAUGUUUGCAGUUUCAGCUCCAGCAGCUCCAGUCAGGCAGCGUUCAGCGCUGAGCACAGAGCAGCUGGAGGAGAGUGAGAGAGGGAGAGCGAGGGAGAGAGACAUCGGAGCAGCACAGCGGCACUGAGGACAGACCACAGCGCCUCCCCCGCCCCUGGAAAAUUCCCGUGCAGAGCCUCCAGCAUGCUGGAGAGCCGGGUGCUGAAGGAAGGUCUACUGGAGAAGCGCAGCGAUGGCCUGCUGCAGCUGUGGAAGAAGAAGCACUGCAGGCUGACGGAGGAGGGGCUGCUGUUAAACCCCCCCAAACCCCCCCAGCAGCAGCAGCAGCAGCAGGAGGGGAGUGGGGGGCGGGUGAAGGAGCUGCACUUUGCCAACAUGAAGACAGUGGACUGUGUGGAACGUAAGGGGAAGUACGUGUACUUCACGGUGGUGAUGAGUGAGGGCAAGGAGAUAGAUUUCCGGAGCCGUCAGGAUGAUGGCUGGAACGCGGCAAUCACGCUGCAGAUGGUGCACUACAAAAACAAACAGGCCAUCCUCGCCGUGCGCUCCACCAGGCAGAAACAGCAGCUGCUUGUCGUCCAGCUGGCUGGACAGAAAACAGCCGCCAGAUCGCAAGAGGCAGCGUAAAAUGUUCAGGCUUUAUGGAUUUCUUACUGACUGUUGGUGGACGCUCCUGGUUCCGUGCUGACCUGCAGACUCAUCCACGGAUUCCACCUCCCCUGCCGAAAAACCACGGAGAUCAAACCUGGAGCUCCAGCAGCAUCCUGAAACACUCUCAGAGUGGACAAUAAUGGGGUUUCUGGAACCAUCUCUGCAUUAUUUAUUUAUUUGUACGUGUGAAGAUUUUGUCAGAUUGUUUUUACACUCAUGAAUGUUUGAAGGUUUGCAUUCUGCACAUGUGCAAUACUCCACAUUAGCUGAAAUGCAGUUUCAGCACUGUUUCUAUUAUUUUGUCCCUCUGGCUUAUGAUGUGCUAACAGAUGUUUAUUAGUGUGUCAUUUGAUUUGGAAAUGCAUGUAAAUAUGCAGAAAACUCUGCUUCCUCUUCUGUUAUCAAACCAAAGAAGCUCCAAUACAGCUCGCAGUAAAGAUUGAAAAGUUCAACAGAUGUAUGGGGUCAGAUUUUGGAUUGCGAUCAUUAUUUAAUUAUUGAGUGCAAAUGUUCUGCUUUUGAUUGGAGCAGCAUUCAGAAGACUUUCAUAUUCAUAAAAAAUGUUCUUGCCAAAAUUACCUUAGUAAAGUUGAUAGUUUGGUGAAAAAUCAAAUGGUCUCCCUCACCCCAAAUGUACUUUAGAUAUCUUACAUUUUCUUCUUUAGUUUUAACACUCAACCUACAAGGCUAAUUUAAAUAACAGUAAAUGAAAGCCUAUAUCCAAGCAAUUAGCAUGGUGCUAAUGGCAUGCCUAAAUCCAACAAUUCAAACAGUUAUCUACAUUAGGCUUAUAGCUCAAGGGCUAAAACUAAAGAAGACACCAAAUAUGUCGAUUACACUUGGGGUAAACUGGGAGAAAACUGGGCAAAUUUGACUUUUGUCUGAAGUAUUUCGUUAAGAUGGACUGUGUGACUGAAAAACACUUCGGAAACACAUUUGGACUGUCUGAGGGAUCUGCAUCUUUAUACUUUGCAUUAGAUCUUUAUUCUCUGAUUUAAGUGUGUAAAGAUCAGUGUGUCAGUUUUAACACAGCCAGCCAUGUGAAGCGGCUCUGUAUGCAGAAGUUAAAGCUGCUGUCAUACCUCUGAAAUAUACAUUCCAUUUCAAACACAAA